ACCUGGGGAUAUCUGGGGUAUCUCUCUGCAGACCAGGGGGUAUAUUUCCACUAACCUGGGGAUAUCUGGGGUAUCUCUCUGUAGACCAGGGGAUAUAUCUCCGCUAACUAGGGGAUAUCUGGGGCAUCUCUCUGUAGACCAGGGGGUAUAUCUCCACUAACCAGGGGAUAUCUGGGGUAUCGCUCUGCAGACCAGGGGGUAUAUCUCCACUAACCAGGGGAUAUCUGGGGUAUCUCUCUGUAGACCAGGGGGUAUAUCUCCGCUAACUAGGGGAUAUCUGGGGUAUCGCUCUGCAGACCAGUGAGAUAUAUCUUUGCUAACCACGCAAUAUCAGAGGUAUCUCUAUGCAGACCAGGGGGUAUAUCUCCACUAACCAGGGGAUAACAGAGGUAUCUCUAUGCAGACCACGGGGUAUUUGGGGCAUCUCUCUGUAGACCAGGGGGUAUAUCUCCACUAACCUGGGGAUAUCUGGGGCAUCUCUCUGUAGACCAGGGGGUAUAUCUCCACUGACCAGGUGAUAUCUGAGCUAUCUCUUUGUAAACCAGGAGGCAUAUUUCGGCCAUGCAGGGGGUAUUUCUGCAGGGAACCAGGUCUCUGUGAUAUUUAUCUUUCCUUCAGAAGACAUUUUGCCCUCAUCCUAGUUGGAUUUGUUGCCCACUCCUUUGCUCCCUGUGCAGACAUUGCAGGAGGGUGAAUAACGAAGUGAUGUGGAAGGAGUGAAGAUAGCGGAGCCUCCCCCAGCAUCGCCCUCCCCUGAUGUGACACCGAGCUGCUCACAUGCUGACAGUUACUUUCACAGACAGAGACCUUUUGUAUGUCUGCCCACUGGAGGGCAAUAAGUACAAUGCAUCGACCUAGUGGGGUGGGCAGCACCUUCUCCAUAGACUCUUUGAUUGGGACCCCAGCAGUGAGACCAGGACAAGUUCUCUACACCGGGUACCCCAUGUUCAUGCCCUACAGACCUCUGGUGAUUCCUCCAUCUCCAUUGCCUCCCAUGGGUCCGAUGUCCUCAUACAACGAGCGCUUGAAUAACACUUUUUGUGCCAGCCUUGGGCCAGGACUUCCCUCCAUGGUCGCCCUCACCACAGCUCUGCCCAGCUUCAGAGACUUGCCUGAUGGAUUUUAUGCUCAGGAAUCUCAGAGUGGAUCUACAAACUCUGCCGACGGAAACAGACAGCAAGAAUCUCACAAGACAGAGGAGAAGAGUCCCAACCAAACCACCUACUCGGAAUCCUACCCCAACCUGGCAGGAGACUCCAAGUUGUACAGCUCAGAUGAAGAAAAGAUGGGAGGAAAAACCUCAGAACCAGGCUGCAGUGACCAUGAUGAAGAGGAGACCUCUGGGGAGAGCUGUGAUGAGAACCUUCCAGAUCAAGCGCAAAGCCCAACAAGGCCCAGGACUAAGGGGAAGAAUGCCUCUCAAGACCCAUGCAGAGAUGGAGCAGGGACUUCUGGCAAAAGCCGAAGACACAGGACAGCAUUCACCAGUGAGCAGCUCCUGGAACUUGAAAAGGAAUUCCACUGUAAGAAAUACCUGUCCCUCACAGAGAGGUCUCAAAUUGCCCACACUCUUAAACUCAGUGAAGUGCAGGUGAAAAUUUGGUUCCAGAACCGCAGAGCAAAAUGGAAACGCAUCAAAGCUGGGAAUGUCAACAGCCGUGCAGGUGAACCUGUUCGGAACCCAAAGAUUGUGGUACCCAUCCCCGUGCAUGUCAACCGUUUCACUGUCAGGACCCAACAGUUGGAAGGGGCCCGACCAUAGAGGGCAGAAACUCAUGAAGGAUUAGAUGUAGAGAGCAGAAAGGAGUUGCAAUAAUAAUCUGAAAAGGAACCAAUAGAUUCUGGAAUAUCUGACGUGUGGCCAUGAACAAGGACAAUCUUCUCUGGAGUUAGAGUUACCCCUUAACAUUAUCAUCACUUGUCCAAAGGCAGGAGGUAAAUACAGCCUGUAAAGAUUGCUAAUUGACCUGGUCAUUCGACUUGGGCCAUGCCUGUGGGUGGACCAGGUGGAUGGGGCCCAUGGAUGUUCAUGUAACUUUACGUGUAGGACUAAUGGUACAGAACUGAGAUGUAAAGGCACCCAAAAUUAGUUUUCUCUUUAAAUUCUACAAAUUAUGCCCUCCUACAUUCAUAUAGUAUAUGUCCAGUGUAUGCUUCAUCAGAGAGCAUCUUCAGAGCCACUCUACAGGAGACUACAACUACACUGCUCCAUGGGAAUGGGUUAGAAUGACUACCUGAGUGGUCCAGUUUGACUACAUACAUACAUCUAUAUAAGGUGAGGUGGCCCCAAGACAUUCUACCUGGUGUAAGAGAUUACUUCUCCAAGCUACUGGCUUGAGGGGAUAAACUGACUAGAAAAUCCAAAGCAUCACUGGUGAGAGGUUGUUACCUCUGCCCGGAGGGUGGAGCGGGUGGAGCUGGUCAAUCAAUAAUAGUGAAGGUUUUGUUAGUAAAGUUCAGGCAGUUUUGGGUGCAAGAUGUCCCUCCAUGCAUGAAAGAUUCCUGCAAGAAAUACCAGCUUCUUCAAAUGCUGCAAGACUCUCAAUGAACUCCUUAAUAGGGUCUCUCCUUCUGACAUUGUGAUCUUGUCUCCUUGGGGUCACCUUCGCCCCAUUUAUUGAUGACUAUCACAGCAAUCUAUGUAAUAUGUCAUACCUCCGACAUCCUUCAAUACUUCCCUUCUUUAUGAACACAAAAUCUUGAGAUAGCGUGCCUUCUCCUUGAAGACCAUGGAUAUCUCAAUAUCCAAAGACUUGUGUGGAUGCAGAAAGCGACAAUCAAAUUAAAUAUUAUUUAUGGCUGGUGUCAACUGACCGUCCAUAUGUGAACAGAUCAUGUCCAGAAUAAUUGUUGUGAUGCCUCAAACAUCCAUCUUAUAGUGGCCCCCCACUGCUAAUCCAGCAAGAACUUCUCCACAGGCCUCCAUGCAUGAGGACUUUACAGUCAGGGUGCGGAUCAUAUAACCAUAGCCGAUCCCUUCAGAAGGUAUUCACUGCUGGCAAAGAAUAGAGGACUGUCACUUGACACAAUGCAGACGAGCAGUAAAGCUUCUUGUGAAG